AUGUUCUCUUCAUCAACUGUCGUUUUGGCUGCCCUCCUCGGCGUCGUCAGCGCCAACUACGCUGUCUACAACAUCAACAAGUGGGCCACUGAGGCCUGCGGGGCUCGCAAGAACGUGCGUCGCACCGACAUCCGCGCCGUUUUUGACUCGACCGGCGCCAAUACCGUUAAAUUCUACGGCCUGAACAACGCGCCGAAGCUUGCUGACGCCAUCGCCGACGACGCCAACAUCCCGCUCCACGCCACGCUGACUAGCAUGUCGAAGAAAGUGUCUGUUAAGAGCUACCUCAAGGGAAAGGCCACCGCUACGAAGUCGAUCACCGCCAACGGCUUCCCGUACAGCAAGGGAGACGAUGCCGCCAUUAUGACUCGCUUCAUCGCCAACAGCUGGAAGAGCUCGUCCGGCCUGAUCCUCCAGAUGAGCCAGUACAUUAGCAACGGGGCCACCCUCCUCUACGACUACGAGCUUGCCCCGAACGCCGUCCAGAUGGUCCCGAUGUACCUGGCUGUCGAUGGUGACUUCACUGGAGAUGUGACCUUCUACCAGGCUAUCCUGUGCAACGACGGAACCACCUGGACCACCAAGGAAGACGCCCCCAAGACCACGGCCAAGUCGACCUGCACCCUCAUCGGCAUUAUCAGCGCUAACUACGCCGUAUUCAACAUUAACAAAGGAGCAGCCAAAGCAUGUGGCGGCCGGCCGAACGUACAGCGCACCGACAUUCGGGCCGUUUUUGAUAGCACCGGUGCGAAUAACGUGAAAUUCUACGGUCUGAACAACAAGCAGCAGCUGAAGGCCGCCAUCGCCGCCAAGGCAAAUAUUCCGCUUGUCGCGACGCUGAACAGCAACUCGAAGACAGUCUCGCUGAUGAGCUAUUUCAAGGUUGCCGUACUUCUCGGCCUGGUCAGCGCCGCUUCCCAAGUCUACAACAUCGACAAGUUUUCCCAAGAAGCUCGACGUUUCCGUCGAUUCGUGUGCGAAAAUCAAGUGAUCCCCUUUCUAGGCGUCGCUUGCGGCGCUAGGAAGAAUGUACGCCGCACGGACAUCAAGGCUGUUUUGGACACGACUGGCGCUGGAACACUCUCCUUCUAUGGGCUGAACAAUGCGGAUACUCUGGACGCCGCCAUCUCGGAUAAAGCCAACAUUCCGCUGGUUUCCAAGUUGACCAGCGGCUCCACGUCCGUCAGCGUGAAGACCUAUUUGAAGGUGCAACAACGGGAAAACCUGGUCGACGAAGAAGGACGGCCCGACGACUGCUUCUCCCCCCUCAACCGUGCCAACCACCGCUGCCGGCUAAACUUGCGCCACGAGCAAGGUAAUCUUUUCUUGGUUUCACGAACUUGUGGAAGGCCGUGGAGUAUCAUACCAGAUCCGGUCAAACGGGCCUGGAAGAAUGACGUCGUCGUGAUUUUGCUGCCAAGCAACAGGAACUACCUACCCAUAUGGAGAAUGGAAAAGAUAUUU